AUGGGUUCAGUCACGCCACCAGAAGAGCGGGAGCCUCGCCUUGUAAACGGCACAAGGUUAGCCCCCAAGGACUACGCGCGCUGGCGGCCGUCGUAUCAUCUCAUCGCACCACGUGGAUGGAUGAACGACCCUUGUGCCCCAGGCUACAUUCCAUCAACAAACACGUACCACGUUGGUUUCCAAUGGAACCCAAACGGAGCUGAAUGGGGCGAUAUUGUCUGGGGAAAGGCAUUUUCGUCUGACCUGGUGUCAUGGGAAGUACCCGAGGCCCCGAGCCUGAAGAGGGAUGCUCCCUAUGACUCCGAGGGCGUGUUCACGGGCUGCUGGAGGCCGACAGGCCUAGACGGGAAGCACAAGGGCGGCGCAGACGCUAAGGGCGAGGUCAGCUUCAUCUACACCAGUGUGUCAAGACUGCCGAUACACUACACCAAGGAGUACCACCGCGGCUGUGAGACCCUGAGUCUCGCAACAAGCAAGGAUGGCGGCCAUACGUGGACAAAACAUGCCUCCAAUCCUAUUCUGCCCGGCCCACCAGAAGAUAUUGCAAUCACCGGGUGGCGGGACCCUUACGUCGCAACCUGGCCUGCGGUGAGGGAGCUCGUGGCCAGGCGCAAGCCUCAGCAGAACGGAGCGCACGCGACAGAGGAGCAGGAACCGCUCUUUGGUAUCAUCUCCGGGGGCAUCCGCUCCAAGACUCCCGCCACAUUUCUCUACAAGGUCGACCCCGCCGACCUGACCAAGUGGACCUACAUCUCGCCGCUCACAACGCCGGGCCUUAACUUUGCACCCUCGCGUUGGACAGGCGACCUGGGCGUGAACUGGGAAGUGACAAACUUCGUGUCCCUGAGCUCCGCGGACAAGAGACACAGCCAAGACUUCCUCAUCUUCGGCGCCGAGGGCUGUCAGCCCCCACACGGCGGCGCCGGCGUCGUUCCCGGCACCAAGAGGUGCCCCCGUGCGCAGCUAUGGAUCGGCAUCGACCCUGCCGAGGGUGAAUCCGAGCAUGGGGCCCUGACCGAGUUCUCGUACGGAGGAGCCUUCGACCACGGGCUCUACUACGCAGCCAACGGCUUCUUCGACCCGGUGACCCAACAACAGGUCGUCAUCGGCUGGGUGACAGAGGACGACAUACCCGUUGAGAUGCAGGCCAACCAGGGGUGGAGCGGAUGUCUCUCACUCCCCAGGGUCGUCUCCCUGGUCGAGAUCAACAAUGUGGUGCGGGCGACCAGGUCUGACCUGAAGAGCAUCACCAACGUCAAGGCAACGCCAGUCCCUGGGCAGGAUGGCCUUUCCACGGUGCAGACCCUCGGGAUAGCACCUGAGCCGCGCCUGCAGAGGCUGCGCAACGGUGCCACAAGACGGACAGCUCAGCCCGGUGUGCUCAAGUCAAAGACGCAGACGACGCAGAACUUCCUGGCCCUCGAGACAGCACAGUGGGAGGCACGGGCCUCGUUCUCGUCGGCUUCGUCCAGCGAGCGAGCCGGCCUGGCCAUCCACCAUGGCGGUGCCUCCCAGCCGACCAAGCUGUACUUCACGCCGGCCGACGAGACGUUCGUCAUCGAGCGCCCGGAUUUCUACGCCCCGCCGUCGUACAAGGGUGACAGACAGGACACAAAACUGCAGACGGAAACCGCGCCCUUCACGCUCUUCACAACGCGCAAUGCGCAGACCGGCGCCGAGGUCGAGGAGAGGCUGGUGGUGAACAUCUUCUACGACGGCAGUGUGCUUGAGGUGUUUGUCAACAGCAGGGCCGCCAUCACGACGAGGGUCUACCUCGAGGAUUCCAGGUCUAGUGGCUUGGAGUUCUUCGCUGACGGGGCGGACGUCGUGUUGGAAGAGGCUGUCGUCUGGGAUGGGCUGUCUACGGCUCCAUAG